AUGAAGACUCCAUCGCCACCACAAAACCAUGAAGGCCAUCCACGCAAGACAAUGCUUUUGUCCAGCCGAUCAAGUCCUCCGAAGCCAUUGAAAUUCGGCGGCACAGACCGAUAUCUCUCGAUCAAACAUCUCCUGCCUCGGACCCCCAUUCCUUCACCAUCGUUACCAUCAAUUCUUCCCCGCCAUGGCAAGAAACCGCCCAGGCUCAAUUCACGAAGAAUCAUUCGUUCCCUCAUAUGGCUCUCCGCCAUCAUUAGUGUCUACUACCUCGUCCUUUCCAGCAACAAGAAAACACAUGACCUGGCGGACUUGACAUUUUUGUCAUCCCUCGGCAAGACCUAUGAAAUUGUCGAGGCAUCUGGGCUCCCCGAACAUCCCACCCCCUUGGCAGUCACCGACCGCGACGACAAACAGUAUUGGACGAUAUCUAUCCCUCCAGAUCAAGAGUUUCCUCUUCCGUCCACUGACUAUGCAGAUAUUUGUUCUGAGGCCGAACAAGUCGCGCGUCAUGUCGCUAGUCGCUCUCACGACAACGCUCAAAGUGACUACUACGACGAUGACCCCAACUUCAUAGAUGUGGACGAAGCCCAAUCCCGACAUUUUCUGCCCAAAGAAGUCGACUUGACUGAUGAUGAUGAUGAUCACCUUCCAGUCUGUGAAAAGUCUCUGACUUAUGUCCUCGAUGCUACGGAUGCCGGUCUGGGUUCUGCCUUGCUGGGUUUGUGGCUCUCGUACGGCCUUGCUCGACGUGAGAACCGAGCCUUCUUCAUUGAUGACACUAAUUUCCCCUACGGCGACUACCGCACAUUUUUCUCCUCGAUCAUGUCACAGCCAUGUCGAUUGCCGCCUCCAACGCAGCGUGUCCCAUGCCCUCAUCAAGCCAAGCAUUUAGUGGUCUCUGCUGCCACCACAGGAUGGAUAUUUGGCGAAUCAUUCCACCGACAUUACACCCCACGCCAGAUCUUUGACAUGGCGAGAGUGGGAUAUGAGGCUCUCUUCAAACUCCAGAAAGAAGACCAAGACUAUGUACAGAGCCGGGCCGGGAAAUUGAGAGGGCGAGUCGACGGCCUGGAGAAUGGGCUCGUCGGCAUCCACAUUCGACGAGGUGACCGUCACCCUUACGAGUUUGCCUACCAACAUGGCUACCUUCCACCAGACAGGUACAUGUCUGCGGUCCGCAGGACAGUGGGCCAAUCCGAGCAAUGGAAAUUGCUGCUGGCGUCUGAUGACGCCGACAUGUAUGAUCACAUCGAACUACCCGACACCAUUCGCGCUCAGCAGCGAAUCUCACUGGCGAGUAAAAAGACCCUGGAAACUGGUCUGGGGUGGGAAGGGGGAUUUUUCAAAGAUGUUUUCUGGAGCCUGGGACUACCACCAUACGUGCAGGAGCAGAAACGCAUUGGAUCGCCAGCUCCGACCAAAGCAAAGUCCCGCUCGCAACGGCCUGAUCAUGCUGCUCCAGAGGAACCGGUGCGAGAUUAUCGAACCAAUCCUACGAAAGAGGCUCUGCAUUUGAGAGAGCUUCUCGGGAGAGCGUAUUUGCUUGACCUGGCCAUGCUCGCGCAAAGCGACAAGGUUGUAUGCGCAGUCUCGAGCAAAGCGUGCCAGAUUUUGGCCAUCAUGCUAGGCUGGGAACGCGCUUUUGAAAAAAAUGACUGGACUAAUGUGGAUGGAAAUUAUGGCUGGAGGAUCUUUGAUUAUUAA